UAGGUGAAGACUUCCUGGUGCAUCCGAGAGGUAGCCUGCAAACCAGAUUGUCUCUUUGCUGACCAUCGAGAGCUGGUCCAGCAGGCAAAGAGACUACACCCUGUGAUCAUCUGUGUGCUUGGUGUGCAGCAGUCAUGUCUUACGCUUAUUUGUUCAAAUAUAUUAUCAUCGGAGACACAGGGGUUGGAAAGUCAUGUCUUCUACUUCAGUUUACAGAUAAGAGGUUUCAGCCUGUUCACGAUCUCACUAUAGGGGUUGAGUUUGGUGCCAGAAUGAUAAAUAUAGAUGGGAAACCCAUAAAACUGCAGAUAUGGGACACGGCUGGACAGGAGAGUUUCCGUUCUAUAACCAGGUCAUAUUACAGAGGUGCUGCAGGAGCACUCCUUGUAUAUGAUAUAACUAGGCGAGAGACCUUUAGCCAUUUAGCAUCAUGGUUAGAAGAUGCAAGGCAACACUCUAGUAGCAAUAUGGUGAUCAUUUUAAUUGGGAACAAAAGUGAUCUGGAGGGCCGUAGAGAUGUUUCGAGGGAGGAAGGAGAGGCAUUUGCAAGAGAACACGGCCUAAUAUUUAUGGAAACCUCUGCCAAAACCGCUGCAAAUGUGGAGGAGGCCUUUAUUGGCACUGCCAAAGAAAUUUACAAGAAAAUUCAGCAGGGACUCUUCGAUGUAAACAAUGAGGCUAAUGGCAUUAAGGUUGGACCACAGCAGACACUAUCGGAGCCUCUCGGGGGAGCAAGACAAAGCCAAGCAGACGGGAGAGGGUCUUCUGGCUGCUGUUAAGAAAAAUUCUAAUGGCUAAUAUUUGAGGAUAAUGGGGUUCAGCCCUUGGCUCACUAUAUCCUUGCAUCUCUUCCCUAUUUUGGUCUAUUGUACUUCUCUUCAUAUUUUCAAAUUGGCCCCAUAGGCUAUUUCAAUGCACACAUAUGAGGGAUUAAUCUCUUCUUCAAACAUUCAUAUUCUUGCUCAGUGUAGCAAGUAUAAUAAUCUGCGUGACUAAUAAAUGCUACUUU